ACCCAGAAUUACAGUGUACCGGAAGAACACAGGUUUACAUCGCUGAGAAGACUGACAGCGUUAUAUUUCCCUUUAGCAAGAAAAACAAAUAUUAACCCAUGUUCCUUUAAUAAACACACAUUUAGUUAUCUUCAACUUCUUCCAAAUAAUACCAACAUUAUGGAGAGUCAGGGGAACAUGUGGUACACACACCCAGUCUACUCCCGGUACUGGCAGCAUUACCAGCAGGCCAUGAGCUGGUAUCAGAGGCACAAGUCUGCGUACAGAAAGGCCAUACAGGCUGCAUAUGACCCUGCUCUGUACCCUGUGUUUCCCACAACCUCAGGUCGCUAUGCAGACUGGCAGGAUGAUGAGACAAUGAGCAAUGUCUCUACACAAGCGAAGAGACAGCUAGAGCGAGAAGAAGAAAACUCUGAGACCGAGACUGAGUCUGAGAGCUCGGAGGAAAGUGAGCUUGAAUACGAUGUCAGCAAAAUGGACAUCACUGCAGAGCUGAGGCAAUACUUCGCUCAGAGUGACCGGCACAGAGAAGAACUAAAGAUACAACAGCAGAUGGAAGCAGAGCGUCAGGAAGCCUAUGUACCGGCCGACCAGGACCUGCACCAUUCUUGGCGGCGGAGUGCUGAAGCCCCAUCUGACCGCCCGGGUGAAAGGAGGAGUGCUGAGAUGAAGCGGCUCUAUGGAAAAGAUGCGGCAAAGAUCCAGGGCAUGGAAACGGCCAUGCAGCUCACUUUUGACCGCAACUGUGACCGCAAACAGCCCAAAUACUGGCCUGUAAUACCAUUAAACCUGUAGAGGGGUUGACAACAUAAAUACAACAUGCAAUACAGCUCUUAUUAUCAAAAGCUCUGUUAUAUAUGGAGCAAGUUAAAAUGAUUGCCUUACUGUUAGAAUCCAUUUGGAUUUAUAAUAGUCAGAUCUUUGGUCCUGUUAAGAAAGUCUUCAUUGUUCUUAUUACUCUCACACUUUCAGAUGAAGAAAUGUUUCCUCUGUUUCAGUAGUGCAGUGCUGGACAUAAAGGCUCUCACAUGACACGUUGCUAAUCCUCCUAUUUUUCUCUGAUGGAAAAGUUCUGUCCUGCUACUGUCAUGCUCACAUAUUGCCAUUUAUUUCUCUUGUUUUUUUUUUUUUCCUUUUUCCUUCAAGUCUAUGAAUGAUGCAGAUAUCUUGUGUAUCGAGCCACAGCUCCUUUUUUUCCACAGAGCCAAUUUGCACUAACUAGGUCAGAGCCUCCUCCAUGUUUUCAGUCCUUUCUCUCUGCUCCUCUUUUCUGUGCUUGGGAUCUGGUCAGUUUUCUUUUAAAAGAAAAAGAUCUUUGAAUGGUGAAUGGUUUUGUAAUAAAAUGCAUUUAAUUAAA